AUGAUCGACGCCGAAAACCUCCGUACAGCGUCGCUGUACAUCAACCACCAGCUUCUCUCACGAGGAUUGCUGCGUGAUGGCGACACAAUCGACUUUGCAGGCGCAGGAAAAUGUGCCGAGGAUGGUGCAGCCCUUUCGGGGCGCAUUAUUAGCAUUUUGAAUGAUUUGAUCAUUCGACGCGACCGCGAUGCCGAACACCGAGAAUCUCUUUCCACUGCCAUGCGCGCCUUGCGUGCCGAAAACUUGAAGCUCACAAGUGAUACCGCUCGUUUGACCGAAAAGCACGCAGAGGCACAACGCAAGGCCGACAUUGCAACAGCAACAGAGACGAUGCUGAAGACGCAGCUCAAGUCGGCAGAGGCCAACGCCAGGGCACUGAAAGAAGACGUGGCGCGAAUGAAGUCACUCGUCGCUCAGACUCGUGCCUCGUGUGCCACAGAAAUUCGGAGGCGCGACCGACAGAUAGACACCUUGAAGAAACAGUUGGGAGAAGCUGGCCGUUCGCGAGGCUCUAGGGGCAAUCCGGCGGUGACAGUAAUCACAGUGACUGGCGAGACUGGCCAAGAAAGGGACAGGACGACUCUUGAUGGGAGCCUGGUCGGCCGUGACAACGAGCUGCAAAGCGAAACGAAUACAACGCUUUCCAACUUGGCGCAGCACCUGACCGAAGAGAAUGACACAUUACUCUGCGUGAUGCAGCGAGCUAUGGCACAACUACGUGACAUGAGCGGCUGCACAGAGGAGAGCAAGGGAGAUGGCGAGGUUAACAAGCGGCCGAGCUGCGAAGAGAUUGCAGCUGAGCUGGACUCGAUCAUGGGUCAUAUGAGAACGAUAUUGACUAAUCCGUCAUUCGUGCCCAUUGAGGAAGUCAUGGUUAGAGAAGACGAGAUCAGCCGGCUCAAGACUGGAUGGGUCAAGAUGGAAACCCGGUGGAAGGACGCAGUGCAUCUAAUUGACGGAUGGCGAAAGAGAAUGGCUGCUAGUGGCAAAUCUGUCUGUGACGAGGAACUGCAGAUGGGUUUGCGAUUAAGCCCCGUCCGUGUCAACGAUGUCGAGGAAACAAGAGACGCCGUCAUGGGACUAUCCGUUGUCAAGGAAGAGGAGGAGGAGGAAGCAGAGCGUUUCAUGCGCUCCCCUUGCCCAGCCGAUCGCGUUGGCAAUCGCCCAAUAUUCGAAGCUCCUGGCGAAGGAUACGACAGGGUAGAGGAGGGCUAUGAAAGCGAAAUGACGGAUUAUGAAGACGACGCCCCGGCUGAUGAGCGUGUCGCAACUACAGCCAAUAACGGCAUGUCAAAUGGCUUUGAGCCGGAGCCAGAUGGCCAGCGCUUGGAUGAGUCGUCGGAAUCCAUACCUUUGCCUGAGCCUCCACAGCUAAGUCCUCUUCGCAAUUCAAGUUCGGCUGGGAAUCGCGGUUUUCGGAAUAGCGAGGAGAUGCAGUCACUUCCCAGCGAACCGAGUGGAGUUGGGGACGAGACGGGCCAGAAUAGAAUGUCGCAGGCAAAGUCAAUGAGGUCGUUGCCAGUCCGGCCCAGGUCACUCGCACGACAGUCCAUGCUGCCUAGCAAGAUCCAAAGAUUGGUAGAGCGUCCUCGAUCUCCUUCAAGAACGUCAUUGGACGAUGCGCUACUUCCAAAACGGGAUGCUGAGACUGUGCAGCGGGACGAAAUUGAGAUUCCUGGGGAGCUUUCCUCGGCCAAAGAAGAGCCCAGGGAAACAGGCAUAUGCCCGACAACUUCGGCACAGCGACGAGUCGAAAGCCGCGUUGCAUCUCAACCAAUCCUACCGCGUACUGAUGAGCCUGGGCCACAGCAGAGUCCUCUAACAAUAUCGAACAUCGCCGCGAAGCUGGCAGCGUCUGAGAAGGAGGCAGAUGCUGCUCGUGUACGGGCCAAAUUGCGCGCGGCGCGGAACUCGACAAGAGGCGUGUCAAGGCCGACUAUUGCAAAAUCAACCAAGAGCGAUGUAGCAGUGGCUGAUGUGCAAAUGCAAGCGAGCACUGAACGCGAAGUGGCAAUGGAUGGCGACCCUGUGAAGCAGCCUCGGGCACCGUCAGGAGAGACUGACAAGCCGGAGAAGAGGAAACGAGAUCGCAAGGUCGGCAAGGCGGCGUCAAGGAGACGAAGUACACUUAGUCCACGGGAAUUGGAAACACUUAUUUCGGGCACUGCGGAAUGA